CAGUCUGGAUGAAGCAGCAGCGGAGGAGAGUGUGAUCCCCGUCCUGUGUGAUCCUUCUUCUCUCUCUCUCUGUGCCCCCCGGGAGGAUGGCAGUGCCCGGACCUUACCACUGCCUGCUCCUCCUCUGCCUGCUCUGCAGGGCGAUCAGCAGCCAGAAGCUGCUCACCAAUGGAGUCAAUGGCUUCAGCCUGCACCCUCCUUACUUCAACCUGGCAGAGGGCACCAAGAUCUCAGCCACAGCCACCUGCGGGGAGGGCGAGGAUGGCAGACCUGUGGAGGACCUCUACUGCAAGCUGGUGGGGGGCCCCGUGUUGGGGGAGCCCAGCCAGACCAUCCAGGGGCAGUACUGUGACAUCUGUCUAGCUACCGGUGGGGAGAGAGCGCACCCGAUCACUAAUGCUAUCGAUGGCACGGAAAGAUGGUGGCAGAGCCCUCCCUUGUCCAGAGGACUGGAAGUCAACCAAGUCAAUGUCACGUUGGAUCUGGGGCAGGUUUUCCAUGUGGCAUACGUCUGGAUCAAGUUUGCCAACUCACCCCGACCAGAUCUCUGGGUAUUGGAACGCUCAACAGAUUUUGGUGCCACGUACCAACCAUGGCAAUAUUUUGCAUCAUCCAAGAGAGACUGCAUCGAGCGAUUUGGGGUGCACACACUGCAACGUGUCAGCAAGGAUGACGACGUCAUUUGUACUACAGAGUAUUCCCGAAUAGUCCCAUUAGAGAAUGGAGAGGUUGUGGUUUCUUUGGUCAACAAACGUCCCGGGGCCAUGAAUUUCUCCUACUCCCCCCUCCUGAGGAACUUUACAAAAGCCACCAACAUCCGUCUAACUUUUCUCCGGACCAACACCCUGUUGGGUCACCUCAUGGGGAAAGCCCAGGGGGAUCCCACUGUGACCCGCAGAUAUUACUACAGUAUCAAAGAUAUUAGCAUUGGAGGGCGUUGUGUCUGUAAUGGUCAUGCUGAAGUGUGCAAUGCUAAGGACCCCGCCAACCCAUACAGGCUACAGUGCUACUGCCAGCACAACACUUGUGGAGCGUCAUGUGACAGCUGCUGUCCCGGCUUCCACCAGGUGGCGUGGAAACCAGCGACCAUGGAUAAUUCCAAUGAAUGUGAACCGUGCAAUUGUAACGGACACGCUUACGACUGUUACUACGAUCCAGAAGUGGAAAUGCGCAGAGCAAGCAUGAACCGACAGGGGGAAUACAUGGGAGGAGGAGUCUGCUUGGAAUGUCAGCACAACACAGAUGGCGUCAACUGUGAGCGCUGUCGCCAAGGUUAUUACAAAUCACCUGAUCAUCCGACCGACUCGCCCUACACCUGUCAACGCUGUGCCUGUGAGUCCGAGCACAUGAGUGGGACUUGUGAAGACCUGACGGGGCGAUGUUACUGCAAACCCAACUACACGGGCGAGAACUGUGCCUCCUGUGCAGAGGGAUAUAUGGACUUUCCUGAGUGUUACCCUGUUCCUGAGAAGCCAGAUGACGGCACGGUUGCACAGAAUCAACCAGCUGGGGAGUUUAUAACCUGUGAUUGUAAUGUUGCUGGAACAGAAGGAAAUGCAUGCCUUAAAGAUCCCCUCAUUGGAGCCUGUGUGUGCAAACGCAACUUCCGGGGAGAAAGUUGUAACUCGUGUGCUCCUGGCAACUAUGGUCAGGACUGCCAAGAGUGCCAGUGCUCCGGGCCUGGCGUGUAUGACGGUAGUUGUGACAAGGACAGCGGGCGUUGUGUGUGCCGGGAUGGGUUUGAAGGCGAAUUCUGUGGGAAAUGUGCUCCAGGCUACUUCAAUUAUCCUCUUUGUCAGUUGUGUGGGUGCAGCUCCGUUGGCACGUUACCGCAAGGCUGUGAUUCAAAUGGCCGUUGCUUCUGCAAACCAGAGUAUGAAGGGCCCAGGUGUGAGCAGUGCAUUGCGGGAUAUCACUCAUAUCCUUAUUGUCAAGCUUGUUCCUGUGAUCCUCAGGGCUCUGAGCAUAAUAACUGCUCCCCGACCGGUCACUGCAAGUGUCGCCCCAAUUAUACUGGACUGACAUGUAACCAGUGUGCGUCGGGAUUUUAUGGAUUCCCCAGCUGUAUAUCUUGUCAAUGUUCGAGAGAAGGUUCUCUUUAUGCCACAUGUGACCCACAGAGCGGGCAGUGUAGGUGCCGUCUGGGCGUUACAGGACUCAAAUGUGAUGCCUGCACCACUGGAACCUAUGGAUUCCCCAACUGUGAAGUGGGUCUUUGUAAUCCAGCUGGAUCUACCUCCACCACUGUAAAUCCUCCAGAGGGCAACUGUGAGUGUCGCGAGAACGUGGAAGGAAGCGCAUGCGACAAAUGUAAACCGCUAUACUGGGACCUGGCACCGGAAAACCCACAAGGCUGCAAACGAUGUGAAUGCGGCUCGGGGACAAUAAACGGAGCAGGGGAAUGUCAGCAGGUGACUGGACAGUGUUUCUGCAAGCCCAAUAUCUGCAGCGGAUCCUGCAGCAAGUGCAAAGAUGGCUACUACAACCUGAAGCCCGACAGCUAUUUUGGAUGUCAAGGAUGCCAGUGUGACAUCGGAGGCUCAGUUGGCUUGGCAUGCGAUGCCAGGACAGGCGAAUGCCAGUGCCGCGAGAAUGUGGAUGGACCGAAAUGCAACCGACCUGUCAGUGGAUAUUAUUUCCCGGAUCUACAUCAUCUGAGAUAUGAAGUGGAGGAUGGCCGGACGACGGAUGGAAGGCAAGUCCGAUUUGGCUUCAACCCUCUGGAGUUUGAGAACUUCAGCUGGAGAGGAUAUGCCCAAAUGUCACCAUAUCAGCCAAAAGUCAUUCUGACCAUAAACGUGACAUCCCCCGACCUUUUCCGAGUUGUGUUCCGGUACGUCAACCGCGGCUCAGAUAGUGUGUACGGCAAGGUGUCAUUUAUAGAAGAGAAGAAGUUCAAUGCCUGUGCUAACUGUUCUGAGCAAAUCAAGCAAAUCGUUUUUCCUCCAAGCAAAGAACCGGCUUUUGUCACUGUCCCAAGCAGUAGUUAUGGAGAGCCUUUUGUUCUGAAUCCAAACACGUGGUCGGUGGUGAUCGAGGUGGAGGAUGUGCUUCUGGAUUACUUUGUCCUACUUCCAAGUGCCUACUAUGAGGCUCCGAUCCUCCAGGUGAAAGUGACCGAGGCCUGCACAUAUGCCCCGACUUCAGAGCAGGCCAAUCAGAACUGCCUGUUGUACAAAUACCUCUCGCUGGAUGGAUUCCCUUCAUCAGAGGGCAGUGAAGUUACCUGCCGAAUGGACAACAGCCUUCCCCGACCUUGCCCAACAGAGCAGAUCACCCCCAGGCACCCACCAUUAAUUGGCUGCUAUGGAAGUGAUAUUGAUGUCCAGUUCAAUCUGCCGGUGCCUCACCCAGGCCGCUAUGCCAUUGUCGUAGAGUAUGCCAACGAGGAGGAUAUGCAGAUCACCAGUGCUACAGUAAAUUCUCCACAACGUCCCACACAGCAUGGAGUCUUUACCUUCUCCCCCUGCAAAUUCAGCUUUCUGUGCCGUGGAAUGGCUUUGGAUCAUGAGCAGAAGGUGGCCUUGUUUGACCUUACCACCGAAGUCAACAUUCGCUUUACAGCAGACAAGACUCAGUUCCACCUGGGCAAGGUCUUCCUCAUUCCUGCUGACCAGUUCAGUUUGCAGUACGUCGAGCCACGAGUUCACUGCAUUGCCGUUCACGGAUCUUUUAACCCCAGCAGUGGAUCUUGCAUUCCAUCGAGGUUCCAUAAACCAUCACAGUCUGUGGUUUUAACGGAGGGGAAGACAAGCUCAGUGUCAAACAAUAUCCCUGUAUGGCCGGGACACCAAAUUCCAUCUACCAAUGGCCAAAAGGUUGUGCCACAUCCAACAUCACUGCCACCGACAGCUGUGGAUGCCACAAAAGUGAUACGUCUGCAAUCUCCUGAGCAGACGACGGUGACAUAUAACGGACGCGUUCCAUCGCCAGGGCGUUACGCCUUCAUGAUUCACUACUAUCAACCUUCCCAACCAUCUUUUACUUUGGAGGUACAGGUGCAUGGUGGCCGGGUUUGGAGAGGCUCUGCCAAUGCCACAUUCUGCCCUCAUGGUUUUGGUUGCCGUAGUUUGGUUUUGUCUGAAGAUCAAGCCAUCCUGGGCAUGACUGACAGUGACAUCACAGUCACCGUACAUGUACCAGAUGGAAAGAUCAUAUGGCUGGAGUACAUACUGGUGAUACCAGAGGAUAGUUACAGCUCCAGCUAUCUGGUGGAAGAACCACUGGACAAGUCAUACAGUUUUAUCAGUCAGUGCAGUACCAACAGCUUCCAGAGCAGCAGUCCAACCUCGUCUAAAUUCUGCCGAGACGCCGCCAUCUCUCUGUCCCUCUUCUAUAACAAUGGUGCCCAGUCCUGCAACUGCCACGAGGUUGGCUCCCAGGGCACAUCAUGUGAGCCUUACGGAGGACAGUGCACUUGCAGACCCAACGUGAUUGGAAGAGAUUGUUCCCGCUGUGCCACAGGAUUCUGGGGAUUCCCUGAAUGCAGGCCCUGUGAAUGUGGAUCUCGUCUGUGUGACGAGGUGACUGGACAGUGUAUCUGCCCUCCUCGUACCGUGAAGCCGGAUUGCACAGUUUGUCAGUCGCAGACCUUUGGUUGCCAUCCGCUGGUUGGGUGUGAGGAGUGCGAUUGUUCUCAAACUGGACUACAGAACCUUACUGAACCUGGCUGUGACAUCCAGACAGGACAGUGCACGUGUAAACCAAACAUUAUGGGACGGCGAUGUGAGAAAUGCGCUCCUGGGUUUUACGGAUACCCCAACUGCAGACCAUGUGACUGCAACCAAGCCGGCACCGAAGCCGGCAUAUGUGACGCUCUCACUGGGCAGUGCCUAUGCAAGGAAAACGUGGAGGGUCCAAAUUGUGACCGCUGUCGCCUGGGAACUUUCUAUCUUGAUGCACAUAAUCCGAAGGGUUGCACUCGCUGCUUCUGUUUUGGAGCCACAGAUCGAUGCCAUACUUCAUCCAAGCACCGUUCUCAGUUUAGUGACAUGCGGGGAUGGGUUCUGGUUGGAGGAGAUCGACAGGAAGUGGAGAUCUUGGAAAGACCUGGUGAGGGCCUCGUUGAGGCAGAUCUGAGAGAUGUUCCUGAUGUCUACCAGGAGUUCUACUGGCACGCUCCACGAAGCUACCUUGGAGACCGGGUCUCUUCUUAUGGUGGAUUCGUGAGGUAUGAGCUUAAUUCUGAAGCUCUCAGAGGAGAUUACAUCUACAAUCCUGUGGAGCGAAGGCCGGACGUGAUACUGAAGGGAAACCAGAUGAGUAUUGCAUUCCUGGAGUCAAAAUACCCGUUACCAGGAGAAAAUCACGAAGGACAGAUUCUACUCGUCGAGAGUAACUUUAUCCAUAUUGGGACAAACAAUCCUGUAUCCCGCGAGGACAUCAUGAUGGUUCUGGCCAACCUGGAGCAGCUGCAAAUUCGAGCUUUAAACUCUCAGUCUUCUGCCAUGGUGUCUCUGCGCCGAGUCGUUCUGGAAAUCGGACAAAAUGCUGGUACUGGAGUGAAGGCCAGCAAUGUGGAGCUGUGUAUGUGCCCAGCCAACUACCGCGGAGACUCCUGCCAGGAAUGCGCUCCUGGAUUCUAUAGAGACAAGGGUCUCUUCCUGGGUAAAUGUGUUCCAUGCAGCUGCGGUGGACAUUCUGAUCAGUGCUUACCAGGGACAGGCAAUUGUGUGAAAUGUCAACACAACACUGAAGGAGACCAAUGUGAGCGAUGCAAAGAUGGAUUUGUGGCCAAUGGGACCAUUGGGGGGUCAUUACAAUGCGUGUCAUGCCCCUGCCCUCUAUCUGUGCCCUCCAACAAUUUUGCCAUUGGAUGUGUGCAGAGAGGCUCAGCAACUCAGUGCCUCUGUAAACCAGGCUAUGCUGGAGCCAGGUGUGAACGCUGUUCCCCCGGUUUUUAUGGGAACCCCUUGGUAAUUGGAAGCACAUGUUUGCCUUGUAAUUGCAACGGAAAUACGGACUCCAAUAUGCUCUUUAGUGAGUGUGACCCUCUGUUCGGCACUUGCACUGGCUGCAUGUUCAACACAGCUGGACGUCACUGCGAAGUAUGCGCACCUGGGUUUUAUGGGGACGCCAUCGUCGCCAAAAACUGUACCGGCUGUAGCUGCUCUACCUGUGGAACAGAAACGUGUGACCCAAGAUCUGGACGAUGUCAAUGCAAACACGGAGUAACCGGAUCUCUCUGUGAUCGCUGCGAGGAGGGUUAUUACGGGUAUAGCAGCUGCUCUGGAUGCCAGCGUUGCAGCUGUGGUUCCGGCUCUACCAGUUCAAGUUGUGAUUCUCGCACUGGCCAGUGUCUCUGCCUUCCUGGUGUCACCGGUCCUCGCUGUGAGCAGUGUGCUCCAGGAUACUGGGGUUUCAGGCCGAGUGGUUGCACAAAGUGUCACUGUAAAGGGGGCUCAUGUGACCCGCGGACUGGUGAGUGUCAGUGCAGUGACGGGUUAACGGGAAAGCAGUGCGACAAGUGCAGCCGCCAGUACGAAAUUCCUGUCAGCCACGGGCCAGAAAUCCUGAAAUGUGAACCAUGUGACAGCUGUGUGGUGACCCUUCUGGAGGAUUUACAGAGGAUGGGAGACUUUCUCCCCAGUGUCCGGGACCAGUUGACCAACCUGAGCCUCAGCUCUAUUGCCUGGACCCGCUUGGGUGGCCUCAAUGCCACCAUUACCAACCUCACAGAUCUUUGGCUCCAUUAUCAGAGCUCCAUCAAUGGCGUCAAGGAUAAAUCUGAUGAUCUUGAAGAUGACAGUUUUAGCCUCGCCCAAGAUCUCGACACACUGGAAGAAAAGGUGAAUUCAACCAAACACAAAGCUGCAAAUGUGCAACAGGCAACCAAAGUCACCAAUCAGAAGGCCAAAGACUUUACAAACCGGGUCCAAACUCUCAACAACCUCACACAGGAUCUGAUCAAUCAGCUGAACAAAAUUGGCACCUCAAAUACCACCAACAUGACAUCCACCGAGGAGUUCAGGCAGAUCGUCACAGAUGUAGAACGAAUGCUGAAGGAGAUGAGAGACAAAGAUUUCAAGCAUGCUACAGGCUUGGCUGGAAAGGAGCUUGAAGAAACUAGAAAAUUGCUAGACCGGGUGAAAUCACAGCUACUAAACAGUGUUAAAACCAACCAAGACAUUCUAAAUGACAUCAAGACACGGCUGGACACUUACAGCUCAGAGGUGAUGGAUCUUCGGGAUGCCAUGAAUGAGGCAGUGAAUAAGACUAUAGAGACAGAAGGCCUCAACAACCUAAACCACAACAGCCUGGAGGAAAACAAGCUGAAGCUUAAAGACCUAAAGACUCAGCACAAGGAACUGGUGGCAGCCGUUAAGAUGGCGGAAGAUGCUCUUGUCCAGGUCUCACAAAUCCUGCAGAUGAUGGAGAACCUGAAGGAAGAAUAUGAGAAGUUGGCUGCAGGGGUUGAUGGAGCUCGAAGCUCAAUCAUGGACAAGGCAAAGACAUUCUCCCCCGCGAGCAGCAAGCUAGCCAUUGUGGAGCAGGCCGAGGAGCAUGCCAAAAUGCUGGGACAGGUGGCCAAAAACCUCAACAAUGCCAUUAAAGACUCCAAUCAAGACAUAUUCAUCCAGAAGGCCAUAAAUGCCUCCAAUGCUUACUCCAGCAUCAUCGAAGCCAUGAAGCAAGCUGAGAAGGCGGCAAAGGACGCCAGCCGCGCAGCAGGAGAAGCACUUAAGGAUGUGGUGUCCCAACAGCUUGCAAAAAAAGGAAAAGAACUAAAGGACAACAGCUCAAAACUGGAGGAAAGAGCCAGAACUGCUCAGAGCGAAUUAAACGGAGAUGUCCAGAAGAAGCUGCAGGAAGCCGCAAAGAAGCUGGAAGACAGCAAAGCAAAGAAGGCGAAAUUGGAAUCCGACCUAAGAUCUGCCAUAGAGAAAAUCAGCAUGACACAAGAUAAUGUGUCAGAUAAUAUAAAUAGGGCUAAAGCAAAAGCUGCGGAGGCAAACCAUACCGCCACCAAGGUGGAAGCCACCCUAACCGACAUCAAGAAGAACCUAGAACAGUGGAAGAACAAGUAUGGGAAUAUGCGCAAUGAGGACGUGAAUAAGGCAGUUGAAGAGGCAAAAACCUCAGUGUCCAACUUGGAGAACACCAUCCCGCUACUUCUGGAUAAACUCAACAAGCUAGAGGGCCGCCAAGGACAAAAUGGCAGCAUUUCGGACAGUAUCCAGCGAAUCCGUCAGCUGAUCUCUCAAGCAAGAGAUGCUGCCAGCAAGGUUAAAGUUCCUGUGAAGUUUAAUGGCAGCUCCGGGGUCCAGCUCCGCACUCCCAGCAACCUCCAUGACUUGUCUGCCUACACGUCUCUGAAGUUACACAUACAGAACCCAACACCGCAGAGCAAGAAGAAGCGUCAGGCCGAAGGUGAACAGACGCGCUUUGUGAUGUUCCUUGGGCAUGGAGAUGGUGAAGGAGAUUAUUUUGGGCUGCUCCUGAAAGGUAACAGACUGCAGUGUAUCUAUCGUCUGGGGGACCAGGAGCCGACCGCCCUGACAGCUAACGAGGACAUCAAAGAGCAGUUUGUCACCGUCGUCAUAGAGAGGAUUCUGCAGUACGGCCAGAUGUCUAUCUUUGUCACCAAGGACAGCCUGCACGAGAUCAAAGGAGACAGCAAAGCAAGUGGAGAGCAGGGACUGCUGAACCUGGACCCCCAGAAAGUGGUCUUCUAUGUCGGCGGCUACCCAGCAAGCUUCAAGCCUCCUUCCUCACUGGAUUAUCCAAACUUCAAAGGUUGUAUAGAAAUGGAUACCCUCAAUGAGAAGCCAAUCAGCCUGUACGACUUUGAGAGAACCUUCCAGCUGGACACGGCAAAGGAUAAACCAUGUGCCAGGUCUAAAUCUACUGGAGACCCGUGGGUCACUGAUGGCUCCUACUUUGAGGGAGCUGGCUAUGCUCAGGUCAGGCUGGAGAACCUUUCAGGAGUAUCCAAGAGAUUUGAGAUGGAUGUCCGUUUGGUUUCUUAUAACGGCAUUAUCUUCUUUCUCGAUGCCGAGGAUCAAUUUUUAUGCCUUGCGGCUCAGGAGGGGAAGCUGACCCUUUAUUAUAAUGUUGGAAGAGGCACAGAGAAGGCCAAGCCCAUGGAAUCCACCCAGCUGUUUGUCAGCAGUUCCAGUACUAAAGCGAUACAAGUUAUCUUGGCCUUUAAGAAAAAAAUCUUUGUACGCUUGGAGAGAACGACUGUUUUCACAGUGGAGUAUGAUGGAGGUAAUCUAGAGACCUCCCAAUACUUCUACCUUGGAGGUCUUCCAUCAGAGAAGAUCCCUGAAAGUCUGAAGGAGUUUUUCCCAACCGGAGGGUCCAUCAGAGGCUGUAUGAAGGGUCUCAAAGCAUUGGGCAAAUACGUGGACUUAAAGCGUAUGAAUACGACUGGUGUCAGCUAUGGCUGCACCACAGACCUGCUGAUCGCCAGGUCGGUGCAGUUCCAUGGACACGGCUUCCUCGAUGUGAACCUGAAGAACGUGCCCAGUUUCCAGGAUGACUUUGCUGCAGGUUUUGGAUUCCAGACCAGCCAGCGCAAUGGACUGAUGUAUCACCAGUCCAGUGAGGAGGGAUCGUGCCAGGUGUCAGUGCAAGAUGGACAUCUCUCUGUGAGGCUUCUCUCCACAGAACUCACCUCUAGAUCACCGUAUUCAGAUGGAGCAGGACACUAUCUGUCUCUUUACAGCAAUAAGAAGGAGGUGCGGCUUUACAUAGACGACCAACUAGAAGGAAGCCGGCAGUUGUCGGACAGCAGCAGGAGGAGGCGGCAGGAAGCGGCAGGUAUUAACCUUCUCCUUGGCGGCGCACCUGAUAGUGGCACACCUGGAAACCUGAGUGGCUGCAUCAGUAACGUCUUUGUGAAAAGUAUCACUGGACCCCAGAUGGUUCUAGAUCUGCAACAGAAUCUACGUAGCCUGAAUGUAACUAUGAGCUGCCAGGAGGCGACAGAGCAACGGCCACAAGAGAUUCGAGCUCUGCUAAAGAAGGAUAAACUGAAGAAAAUUAAGGCUCGGCAGAGGAAGCUGGCCUUAAUGAGCCACCGGAAUCAGCUCAGUUCAUCAUGCAUGCUUCCCAAAGCUGUCAAAGGGGCGUUCCAAUUUGGAGGUUCCUCUUCCAGCCAUCUGGAAUUUACACAUCUUCCUGACUUCCAACAAGAAAGGUUCUACUUUUCAAUGGAGGUCCGGCUGAACGCCUCCAGCGGGCUCCUCUUUUAUUUUGCUGAUGAGCAAGGAACCUCCUCCCUGUCUCUCCACGUGAUCAAUGCCCGGUUUGUGCUCCUGAUGAACAUCCAUGGAAGAACUCAUCGACUGAGAAGUAAAGACAAGUACACAGAUGGGCUCUGGCACACGGUUUUCUUUGGGAAAGAGAAGAAUAAGCUCCGUCUGGUCAUUGAUGGCCUGAGAGCACAGACCGGCAUCAUACACUUGGGAUCCACCUUGUCUUUGACCAGUCCAGCAUACGUUGGAGGAUUCCCUGCACUAAGGAACCUUCCAGACAACAUGGACGGAGCUAUGAAUGGUUUCCGGUGCUGCCUGAGAGAUCUGAAGAUGGAUGGGAAAGAGUUGGGUGCCCCCGGGAGAGUGGUGGGGGUCACGCCUUGCUUUGAGGGGCUCACAGAACCCGGAUUGUUCUUCUCAGAUGGAGGAUUCCUCAGAUUCGGGGACCUGAUUGACCUGAGGUUGGAUCUGGAGCUGAAGUUGGAGGUGCGGCCCAUGCACCGCUCCGGUCUUCUAUUCCACAUACACUGUGAGAGCGGCAACUCCAUCAGUGUGUCUGCAGCUGAUAAAAAGGUCACUCUAGUUCUAAUGGAUGAACGAGGCAAACACAGCACAGAGGUGAACCUACAGCAGCCCCUGUGUGAUGGGCAGUGGCACACCAUAGCCGUGACCAAAGGCAGUAACGUCAUCCAGCUGGACGUGGACACAGAAGGAAGCCACUUGGUGGGAGUCAGUCCGUCCUCCCACGUCCACAGUCAUGGGACCCUGUUUGUGGGCGGAGUUCCCGCGACUCUUCGCAGUACAGAAGUCCUAUCACCCCCAUACCAGGGCUGUAUGAGGAACCUCAGCAUGAACAGAAAGCUGGUCGACGUCUCAAAGUCUGGAACGUUCUCAGGAUCUUCUGGAGUCAACAUCUGUCCAGCGCUCUAAGUAAAGGACAAAUGGUCAUGUGACUGCUAGCGUCUAAUGGGCAGACACCACUACACUGUGCCAGUAACGGGGGAGGAAAGAGGACCUGUUCUAGCCUUUCCCCAUCUCCUAGAGUCAUGGGUGCUUUCUUUUGCGGGUUAGACAACGGAACUAAUCUUCUUCCGCAGACUUCACGACACUUCCCCAGCUACUUACGACUGGAUCUCCUGUGGUCUUCCUGUAACCUGUUAGAGACUCAUUUCCUGUCCGGGGUCACUGUGGUAAUCUUAUAGGUGGUGGCAGAGCUUCACCACGGAUCACUUGCCAGCCUUGUCACGAGUCUAUCGGUCCUGUACACUGCUGUAAGUAUUCGCUCCUAGAUGUUACUCAUUACAGGCUCUGACGGGUUUAUUUUUGUGAAGUGUUCUGGAGCUUAACAUUUAUCUAAAGCCAAAACCUUGUUUUGUUUUUUUUGGAUAUAGCAGGAAGGUAUUUUUUUUUCCCAUUCCAGGCAUAUCCCUUCACGUCCUGUCCUGUAGACCCAACAGGAAGUGAGAGGAAAUCCUCCUGACCGUGAGACAAUUUUGCCUCUAUUCCCGUUCUGGUGAAAGCCCAACAUUUUAAAUUUUCCUUCAGUUUCAGUGAACCGCCCCAGGUGGAGACUAAAAACCUGACAGGGGUUCAAAACCCCCCCUCACCCACCCUGUUUCUGAAUGACAUUGAACUUUCUCGUGCAGCAAUUAGAUUAGUUUUAGAUCUCUGUCAUUUAAAACAUUUAAAGUAUAAUUCCAGCCAAGUGUUUUUGUUUUUUUAGUAUGUAUUUCUGUGAGGUGACCCACAUGGGGAGAACCGUCUCACAAACCCGACCCUUCCCCCCUCCUCUAUACAAAACAAAAUAAUGCUUAGGCUGGAGUUAAGCUUUAAGUUGGUCCUUUAAGGGAAACUAUAUUUUAGUGAGUAUACAUUUAAGUUAUUGUGACAUUACCCAAGAGUAAUUGUUGCUCGGUGUACAUUUCUGUUUUAUUGCUGUUCCAGAUUUUAAAAUACAAUUUUAUUAAUUGUGCCCUCUAGUGGUCAUCUUUCAUGGAAUGUAAUUGGCUGUCCCGCUUUUACAACUGUUGGGGUAGGACUGGUUAGCCUUGAUAGCGCUCUAUGGAAGUAUUUUUCCGAACCCAUCCUCAGGUCCUACCCAAAGAUUCUCUUACCUGUGCAGAGGUGAGAAUUUUAUCAUCUGCAAUGGGAUUAGUCACCUCCGGGGGCAGUCACAAUACAUGACCUGCUGGUGGAACUUAAUGAGAGGUCUGAGAAACAUUGGUCUGUUUCAUGUCACACCCAACCAGAGUUGGAGCAGUGAAGUAUAGUCACUGUGCAGAGCUACUAAGGUCCAUAUUACACUUAUGAUCCUAUAAAGUGCAGAUUGAGGUGCGUCAUGGUGUAACUCCAUCGCUGUUAGAAAAGCAGCAGAAUGUAGAUACGUCGGUCUCAUUCAGCCAUCAUCUUUGCCCCUUGGUCAUAGGACAUCCCUCUCUGCCACCCACAUCACCCCCUGGUCACAGCACGCCCAUCUCUCUGAUCUAUCCCACCCCUUGAUGGCAGUGAUCCUUGUUUACCACCCGCCUCACCCCCUAAGGCACAGGGCAUCCCUCCCUCCUCACAGCACAUUUUGCACCCCCCCUCCCACCCAACAAGCCCCUUUAUCACAGCACAUCCCUCUUUUGCACCCACCUCACCCCCUCUUCACAGGGCAUGCAUCCCUCCUCACCCCCUGGUCACAGGGCAUCCCUCCCUCCUCACCCCCUGGUCACAUGGCAUCCCUCCCUCCUCAACCCCUGGUCACAGGGCAUCCCUCCCUCCUCACCCCCUGGUCACAGGGCAUCCCUCCCUCCUCACCCCCUGGUCACAGGGCAUCCCUCCCUCCUCACCCCCUGGUCACAGGGCAUCCCUCCCUCCUCACCCCCUGGUCACAGGGCAUCCCUCCCUCCUCACCCCCUCUUCACAGGGCAUCCCUCCCUCCUCACCCCCUGGUCACAGGGCAUCCCUCCCUCCUCCCCUCCUGGUCACUGCACAUCCCACUGGCCUCAUACACCCACCCGAGUGUUUGAGUGUAGGCUUGGAUGAUAAGACUUGACCAGUUAAGUGGACCAAAAGUGGCACCAAAACUUUUGCUUUUCGUUGUCACGGUUUCAAAUGACAAGCCGCAGAGCUGUCCACCAAAGUCCUUGUCCAUUUCACUGUCUCCACAGGCUGGAUUAAACUAAUAGCUGGGGGUCUUAAAGAGUAAGGUGAACUUCGGGAGACUUCUUUCAUAAAAGUGACCAUCCAGCCAAGGGGCCUCAAUAGAUGAACUAAAAUCACAAGUAUAAAAUGCUGAAAGAUGAAGUGCCAUUUUCUGUAGCACCGAUUCCUAGGUCAAGUAUCCCAUAUUUGUGGACGUUCCCAUCCUGCUUGGGUUCCAGGACAUUCCCAACCAUUAGACAUUCAUCCCAAGCAUCUCCACACAGCCACUCUGUCACCAUAGGGGAAGCAAACUAGCCAGGCUGGGAAGUCAUGGCUGCAGCUGGUUAGAGAUGUUUGUUCUUCAAUAUGAGUUGAAUGUACUUACAGCCCCCUAAGGGAUGGCAGGAGCAGUGUAUGGGAGCUGUUCUUGGUAGAAAUGCGUUUGACAUUUUUUUUUUUCCUCUUUGUUGAAUGCCUUUCUAUUUCUGAAAUAGGAACACGUUGAUGGUUGAGCGUAGGUGAUAGCUCAGAGGGUUAGAACGCUGACUGUGCUGCUGGAGACCUGAGUUCUAAUCCCUCUCAGGGUGUGAUACCAGGUACUGCGCAGUACCUGAAUCCUCCUGGUGGUGGGGGUAGAGUAGUGGGCAAUAUUUCAGGCCCACUACCCUAUCCCACCAUCUGGGAAUUCAAGUACUGUGCAGUACCUGGGGGGUGAGGCCAAUAAAAACCUAAGUCCCACUUUUUGAAUGGGCUACCCCGGUAAGACAGCCCAUUCUUAUUAUAUAUGUUGCAUUGAUGUCACAGACUGUGGACCGAAGAGGCGGGGUGUCCACAACCUAAUGUGAUGCCCACACAUGUUACAGGGCUGUGGGGCCCUGGGACUGGAGCAGACUGGUGGGUUGUCCAUGGCCUCCAGGCUUUCACUCAGAGAUUUGAGCUCGGGGGUCUUCAGCACUUUUCAGGUAUUUGCCACCCUCGAGGUCUACAAGUGCUUUUCUGGAUUCGAACUCGGGUCUACAGCGUUGUGGUCAACACUCUCAUCCUCUGAGCUACUCGCCUCUGCUCAAUGUCUUUUGUGUUCGUUUUGCUAUAUCAGGAGUAUAAGGUUGUUACAAAUUCAAGAAGAUAAACCAGGAUUCGAACCUGCAAUUUACAACUCCCAUUGGGGCUGGAGGGUGGCUGCUAAACCCCUCAGCCAGCCAGCCCUUUCCGUUCCUCCCUAAGCUUAAUCCAGACUUUAGAUUUGUAGUAGUUGGCAAUAAUAUUUUUUUUUACAAACAUACAAGCUGAGACUAGAACCAGCAACUUUGAAAUCCCUGCUAGGCCCGGGGUCGGCUGCUCAACCACUAUGCCACAGCAAAGCUCUAGCUUGUGGUCCAGCAGACAGCCCUUUGAGCAUGAAGACCUGGUAAAUAAAAUGCUCAUUGACUCCACACAUUGCAUGUUGGGAAUGGCAUUGGAGCCAGCAAAAGACACAGCAGUGCAUUUUGAAUCUAUCGGGGCAGAGCCUCUACAUUCUUAUAGGCGACCUUUAAAAAAUAUGGCCUUUUCUGUCCACUUAUUAUGAGAGUGUGCACAGGGACUGCAGCCUUAAUGUUGGAUCCCCUAUGGAUUUGUAAUCUUCUGACCAGCACUGGGAUUCAAACCCAGGUCUCCAAAAGUUGAAGUCAUGGUGAGCCAUUGGCCAGCUUGGUGUGGUAGUGCUUUGUUCACAUAUAUAUCAUCUUAAAUUUUGUUCACAAAAAAAAAGGGGGGGGGGGGUUAGCAAGCAUACAGCUUGUUCAUUUGUUAUUUAAUAUCAUCUUCUUUAGGCCUCUUUCACACUUGUAUGACUUGUCCCAAGAUUUGGGAGCCGUUCCCCAUGAUUUCCAAUGACAACCAUUCAUAUUCGUAUGACUUUGUCAUUCCGACUUCAAAAGUAGUCCAUGCACUACUUUGGUCCGACUUUGAUGCGAGUUCAGCUUCAUAGACCUCAAGUCUCCCUGAAAUCGCGGCCGCGAAAUUGCAGUAGCGUGAAAGCGGCCUUAUCGUUAUGAAAACUUUCCUUUGAAUUCCAGCGUUGGCAAUCCUUUAUCCAUUUGUACUGUGUUGACCCGAAGAAAUAUCAGCCGUUGUAUUUAGGGGCGGUCCAUAGAGGAGGCGGGUGGGAGACUUUCUAUCCAGUUCUGGUCCAAUGGCAGAUUAACCCUUCAGAACACAUUCCUCCCACCCAAUCACAACACACCCCUCCCUGGUGGGGUUAGGGGCUGAUUUUUUUUUUUUAAUUAAACAUUUUAUGUUAAAAAAAAA